UUUUCAGAAGUGAAGGAUAAAAUGUUAUUUAAGCCAGAAUACUCUAUGAACUUGGUGUGUAGUCAGUGAUAAUGUGCAAUAUUCUUUGUUUGACACUAGGGGCAGUAUAGAGCUUUUUCUCUUUGUUUGCGGAACCAAUUUACCAGCUUUAACAAAAGAAACUUUCCAACACGGAGCUUUUAUCGUGUUGCACUUCACAAAACAGGGACAAUUCAUGAAACAGCUGCCGGUUGCUAUGGCGACUCGGCGAGUCGUUAGCAGGGCAUGAGAUGACAUCUGAAUCCUUACGCAAUGUUCAGCAUCUCUUCCCCACUCAGCAUGCUUCAGUCCCAGAGUGUCCAGCUCCUCUGCCUGACGGCGUCCAGCGGUGUUCCGCUCUUCAGCCGCGGCUCCACCAAGCAGCUGCCCUUCUCCAUCAUUGGUUCACUGAAUGGUGUGCACAUGUUCGGGAAGGGUCACGAUGCGGCUCUGUCCUGCUGUGAGACUGAUCAAGGUGGACGUGUGCUCUGGAGAGUCUUCCACGACAGCUUGAUGCUUAUCGGAGUCAGCAGCAACGCCAACAUUAGCGAGCUGCACUUGAGGCGUUUGCUGGAGAACACCUGGAACUGCAUGGUGCUCGUGCUGGGCCUGGAUGAGCUGGUGAACGCGCGAAACGUAGAGCGGCUCAAGAGAGAGCUGCGCUCUUGCUAUGGGUUAAUCGACAUGCUGCUUGAACGUGGUGUGGAGGAUCGUGAUCAGGGCCUCAUGGGAGAUCUGACACACUGCACUGACUGUAUACUGCUCCCUCAACCCGACCUCCUUCAAGACACACUGGACUCCUUCACCAGGGCGGCAGAGAGCGAGUUUGGCUGUUUGCUUAUCAGCGGUCGACUGGCGGUGGCUACCGAAAAAUGGUGGCGUCUCGCUCCACAAGAACUCGUCCUACUUUCUGCACUUGCAAAAUUACCCCCUGGGAAAACAUCAUGUGACUAUCCAGUCUUUUUACCCCAAGGUAGCCCUAAUGUUGCGCUCAGACUGCUGUGCUUCCAGCUGCUCCAUGGUGCCAUAGUUUGUGUCCUGUGUGGCCCCAAACCAUCUCUGUAUCAGGUCGAGAUUAAGCAGGUUUACCGUUUUUGGUCUCCACUAGUGGAGAACCUUCGAUCCUGCUCGGACCAAGCAGAACGUUCGGCUCUGUCUCCUUCUGUUAGUUUCCGCCGGGACGUCCUAGCUCUUCUCCUAAUAAACCGUGAGUCUUGCAGAUCUGUGGCAUCUCUCAGCUCGAAAGCCACGCCUCUUCUUUCACCGGCUCGUCGUUGGGUGCUUCUGCGCCUCUUUUACACAUUUGCAGUGACGCGUUAUUUCACCUCGGAGGAAUCUCCGAGCUCAGAGUGUCCAACAGCAGAGCUGCUGCAUGAGGAGUUUCCUGCAGGGUUCAUACACCUGCCUGUGCACUGCUACCUUGUGACUGACGAAUGCAAGUGCUACGCUGUGCAGACUUCUCAGCACCAGCUCUUCCUUCUGACCGACCUCUCCGUGUCCACAUUCGCUUUGCGCUCCGUCGCCACACACACUCUCGAUGCUGUCACCACGGCGACCGGCUUUUAGGCUCCAAACAGUGUAUAUGCAUCUGUUUUGGAUGCAGCUGUUUUGGAGGUUUCAGCGAGGAGAGAUGUACACAAAGUCUAAAAGUGUUGCACAAAUUUUAUUGUCACAUCACCACAACACAUGUGCCUUGGUGAGUUAAAUUCUUGGGCGCGUGCUCCAGAAAUUGCAGAAUAAUAAAGAACAUGGCUGAUUUAUCUGUAUCUGCACAUUUGAAUUCUAGCAUUGAAAACAAAACAUGCUGUUCAAAUCGAUUAGCCACGUAUAGAAAUAUAUACAGGAUUAAUGUAAGUAUUUUUACCAUUAUUAGUCCCAAGUGACUUCCUGUUCAUUACAAACAUUAACCACAUAAGGUAUAACAUUCACAUAACACGCAGUAGGCUCUUUUUUCAAUUGUAAGGAAUAGAAUGUAAUCAGCAGUACGUAGAGGAGUAUAGCUAAAUUUAGAUGUUCUGUAGCAUUUGAUCGUUUUUGGUUUUAGUGAUGUUCCUCAAGCUGGUCCAACAGUCUGUCCUUAAACUCAUUGCACAGACCAACACACAAAACACACUGCUAAACAGAGACAAGUCUAGAUAACAUUAUUGUGUUAUGAAUAUUUUGUGUAUAUUUUUUGUGUGAAUUAUUAUAAGUUUCCUUAAUUUUGCUUCAGUUAAACUUUGAUGUGUGUUCUGACUGAAUGAGGUAAAAACGACACAUCUACAAAAUCUACAAAAUGUGAAUGGCUGUGAUUAAAUAAGUAAAAUGUUACUGUGGCUCAUGUGAUGUGGGCAAUACGGUGACGUCCCAUCCAGACUGUUUCUCCCAGAGCUCCAAGGAUCAUUUGCAAACCCUGACCAGGAUAAAGUGCUGACUUACUGAAGAUAAAUAAACGAAUACACACAGCGAUGUGAAGCUACAUGGCUAAACACAUAUGUUAUUCAUACAUGAAACAUUAACAAGGUCUUAAUGAUCAAUGAACCGACUCUCAACGGAUGUUUUUUGUGUGCAAACGCUAGAUACAGUCGUUUGUGAACAUUCCACUGAAAUAUUGCUAAAAUACUCAAACCAGCACUCAGGUCUCGCAGCUUUCUAGCUUUGUUGUGGAUAAAGUAGCUGAGAUCACAAUUUUGAACUGAGCUGUAUCUGCUUUAACAGUGUUUUGGUAUAAAAAAAAAUGAUGAUUUCUAUAUUUAUUGUGAAAAGGAUAAUUCUAUGCCUGAAGUUGGUGCUGACCUAAUCUUUUCCCUCUGUAAUAUCUUUCCAUUGAUUUAUUACCCAUUAGCAAUAUUACAUUCAAUUUAAGCCAAGAGUCUACAGCACUUUUGGCUUUAAGGGUCAGAAAAUAAGUAAGAGCUAUUCCUUAUUAUACAUUCAGAACUGAGAGCCUUUUAAUUAGCUAAUAGCUUGUCCUUUACUACAGCGUGAAGCUGAAAUCCCAUCACAGAGACACAUGGAUGAUGUAUUUUGUGGGUGGUGCAUGACUACAUUUUUCCACAGAUUCAGCAAUUUUUAAUCCACUUAAGCUGUUCUCUUAUUAUCGAUUUCCUUUUAAUUAAUUACCAGGUUGCAUCUUGGACUGAAAUAUGUGUCCAGAUUUCACUGGCAUUCUUACAUUGCUUUGCUUUAUUUUAAGUACUAUUCUGAUAUAAGUGAAUAAAGGUGGCUUACUUUUAGCAUAACAGAAAA